UUCUUCUUCUUCUUCGCACUCAACGCGUUAUAAUGAAUUCCACUGAAGUUUUAGGCAGAUUGCAAACAUAACCAUAACAGACAUGGCUGCACAUUGUAGCAACCACAUCCGCGUACGUUUGCACUUUGACUAUCCUCCACCAGCAGUCGUGGAUUGUCGCAUGUGCUGGCUGCUUGUGGAUUUAAACACGUGCCGCAUGGUGUCCGAUCUGGAGAGCAUCAUCAGAGAUAAAUUUGAGUUUAGUCGUCAAAGCAUUAUCAACCUCUUCAUAGAUGAUUGCUAUCUGCUACACACGGAAAGCAUUUAUGUUGUACGGGAUAACGACCGCCUCAGAGUGAAAGUGGACUGCGUGUCUCACCUGAAUGGGAAACUAAGUGAAAACUGCAAAUCGAGACAGAGACUUAACAAGCCCAACCUUAGUGGCGAAAAGGUAACGUGUGUGGAAUGGAUGGGAAAAAAGAGGAAGAAAAACUGUGAGGAGAUUCUGGAAGUGGACAUCAAUAAGAGACCUCUUUUGGAGGAACACAAUGAUCUAAAAAAUAAACGGUUAAAGAAGAAAAGACAGAAGGUCGAGGGAAAUGGUCUGAUUGCCACCGACCACCCAGCAUUUUCUCUCCCCCCAAAUCACAAAGACCAACCCAACUCCAAGGUAAAGAAAAUCCCACGCCAAUCAAAAUCGCAGAAUACCCAAUCGCCAAGUUACAAUAGGAACGGUUGUGUGCAAGAUGACGCCCCAAACGCAACAGGCCCUUCUCUUCUUGCAAAAGUGUCUUCUGCCUCCAAAAUACCUUCAAGAACUCUUCCUGCCAAGAAAUGUUCCCCGUCCUCAUCAGAUACGGACUCCUCCGAUGAGGACGAUACUGUGGAUCCCAAGCCUAAAAAUAAGGAUUCAACUGAUGCUAAAUUAAGAUUGAAUCAGAAUUCAUCUCAUAAACAAUUAAACUGUGCACAGAAAAAACACUCAAGUGCAUCAGUGACCCCAAGUGACCAAAUAGCAACGUCUCAAGAGUCUUGUGACAUCAACGGUUUUGGAGAUCUGGCUAACCCGCAGCCCAGUCAACAACAAAGUCUCAGUAAUGAAGCUGAAAGUACUUCACAAGAUUACAGUGCCAUGCCGCUUCUUGCCGCCCCUCCGCAAGUGGGACAGAAGAUAGCAUUUAAGCUGCUGGAGCUCACUGAGAAUUAUACGCCAGAGGUGUCAGAAUACAAGAAGGGUAAGAUUGUGAGCUUUGACCCAACAACAAAACAGAUUGAGCGGGAACUGCUUUCUACUGUACAAGCACCAUCUGAGCCUGGCAAGUUUGACCUGGUAUAUCAGAACCCGGACGGAUCAGAGACUGUGGAGUAUGCUUUAUCCAGAGGAUCCAGGGUAACGGAGCGAUGGGAAUCUCUUCUGGAACCAAGGCUUAUGAUUUAAAUCUGUGCACAACUGUGUUUUCACUGUAUUUGACGCCUUUUACUGUCAUUCCAUGAUAAUGUUUCAAUGUCAGUCUCUUUGAUCUUCAAGGUACACAACAAAUCUGCUUUUUGAUACAUAUGAUAUCAUAUGGUCUUUAAAAUGUGGAUUAGAUUUCAUUUAGUCUUUUUAAACGAGAGUUUUGUGUGAAUUUUUUCCACCCCAAUAAAAUGCUGCAGACUUCUUUUU